GACGAAAGUGAAAGAUUGUUAUGUUAUUGUGUAAGAAAAUAGAGAGGAGAGCAGAUCGGUUUCAGAACUAAACUUAAAAUGGAUCAUACAACUAAGACAGAUACUGAUGUGAACUGCAUUGAAGGACCGAAAGACCAACAUCCUACGAUUACUGGAAAUAAAUAUUUCAUCCUUUCACCUGGAAAGAGAUCUGCAACCAAAGAGGCGAUCAUAACAAAUGUCCUUCAGCACAUAUUAGGUCUGAAGGAGUUAACCGUUGAGAAGUGUGAUGCCAUCUUGGUUUUCUGCUUCAUUAUUUCAAGGACAGGAACUGACAUUGAUGCUGCACUGAAUGAACUUAACGCUCUCUCAGAGUCUAAACCAGCUGUUUUCAUAGUGCUUCAUCACACAAUCGACCCAGAUAAGAUUGUGCCAGAUAGCAGCAGAUAUGUGACCAGGGUGGAUACACUCACAGUGGACUGUUUUUUCUAUGAGGAUGAGGGACUCUUUAAGUGUAAGAAGAAUUAUGAAGCUCUGACCAGAAUCCUUCAAUGUCUACAGCCACAGACAUCGCUGCAUAUAGCUCUACAAAACAUAAUGGCAUGGUUUUCAAGCAUUUAUGAAUGGAUCGUUUCUAAGGGUGGAAUAGACACAGAGAGGCCCAAAAUAUCUUUCUAUGAAACAGAUCCUAAAGUUGCAUCAGAACUGACACUUGUCCUGCUGGGCAUAUCUGGGCCUGAGAAGACUGCGGUUGAACAGAUGAUAUUUGGCAGAGAGGAGAGUCAAGCUGAUACCUCUCCAGCCAUCCAGAGGAAGAUCACAGCAGAUAUGGGAGUGGUGGACGGGAGGCAGGUGGCUGUGAUCAACACUCCUGCCUGGUUCAGCUCUGGGCUCUCCACAGAGGAUAUACAACAAAAAAUACAAUUCUGUAUCCGUCUGUCUUCUCGUGGACCUUAUGCUUUCCUCCUAGUCAUACCAGCAAAGCAGUCUAUUGAAGAGAAGAGAGAGAUAGUGAAAGAAAUGAAGAUGAUUUUUGGAGAAAGGUGCUGGGAGAAGGUCAUGAUCCUUUUCACUGUUACUGAUGAACAACAAAAGCAGAAUAUCCAAGGCCAUGACCUCCAGACACUUGAAAUGAAUGAAAAUCAGUUUAAUGUUCUCAAUAUUAGUGGAACUGGGAAUAGAUCUCAGGUUUCGGAGCUGCUGGAGAAGGUCGAGAAGAUUCAGAGCCAGAAUUAUGAAGAUUUAAAUAACGCGAGAAGAGAGAGCACAGAAGAGAGUUAUGUAUUUGUAUAAUACAUGCUAGAUUAAAAGAUUCCUGAUAUAAAAACUUAAGUAAAGGAUUAGUAAAACUCAAUUAAGCCAGCCAAUUCAAGUUUAUUUGCAAAUUAUACACAUUUAGCAGAUUAGAGCUGGGUGAUAAUAUAACAAUACAAGCACUUGUGAAAUAUAUUCAUUGAUCUUGAUCAAAAUAAUACAUAGAAUUAUGCCCAGUCAUAAGAGAAAAUUACCUACUAUUAUCUAUCUGAUUUUGUGCGUGACUGUGUGCUGAGGAUUGUAGUGUAUUUAGAACAGUGAGCUAUUUAAAACUUGAAAAACACAUAAGAAAAGGACAUUAUCCAGGAGCUAGAAAUAAGAAUGUGACAAGUUAUUGAUCACCCUUCAGGAGCUCAUAUAUGGUGAAAAUUCUUUGUCUAAAAAUAUAGAAAGACAUGUGCUAUGUAAUCUGUUGAACAGCUUCAGGCGCCAUAUAUGUUGUAUAUAUAAUUCUGGAGUGGUGUUUGCAAACACAACUCUGCUUUACCUUGUUAAUAAAGUCUUAAAAUGCAUUAAAAAUGUUCUAUGUUAUAGUGAAGUGCAUUAGUUUCAGUGUAGGUAUCUAGCUGAUGAUUGCUGUGUGAAAUUGGCUGUUAUCUUAGAACAACUUAUAACUGACUUGUUCAGGGGCACUAUACAUUCUCCCCUUUGUGAUCGUAAUGUAAAGUGUGUGUGUGUGUGUAGAAAUGCAUUGUACUCUCAACCCAUACAUUUACAACAUAUAUUUCCUGUUCAGCAGCUGAAUGCAGUACACAAACACUGCCAUGGAGAAUUUCAGAAUAUUAAAGGCUUAGUUGCCACAAAGUGAAAAUUCUGUUAUCAGAUAAUCCACACUCAUAUGACUUUCUUUUUUCUGUGCUGAUCCAAUGUAUUUGAGCCUUAUUGUUUUUGUCCUGACCCUGAUGUAUUUAAGGACCUACUGUAUCAAUCUUCUUGGCAGACACUUCCUGAACUGAGCACUGUAGUCUCUUUAAAGCAUCAUUGUAAAAAAAAAACAA